CAAGAAAGGGCACACAACUCUAAUAAAAAAAUAUUUCUGAAGAAAAAAAGAAACAAGCAUCAACUGGCAUAGAUCUAACUGGACUGAUGUGUCAGUUUAUGUACCGGUAUGUAUAGUACAAUGUGAAUUAGCUGUUUUAUUUUGUACCAGUUGCCUUUAAUCUUUCCAUACAUACAAUAUCAACAAUCAUGGAUCUUUAUGGAACUAACAAUAUGCAAAACAUGGUUAACAUGUUUUCAUUUCCACAACAGAACCAUCCGUCACCAUCUCGCCAAAAACCUAACGACAACUAUUCCUACAUAAAAAUUCCCCUGUUCGGACGUCUACGCUGUAUAAAAGAUAAGAAUGGCAUGAUGUGUUUGUUGUUUGUUUAUAUAUACUGGAUUUAUGGUACAUGGGCUUCCGUUUAUAUUGUAUUGUUACCAGCUUAUAAUGAUGGUCAUGUGUCACCUUUUUUCAUUUACUUUUAUUUAUCAGUUGCCUUGUUAUGUCUGGGAUCACUAAUCCGAGCAAGUACAUUAAACCCUGGACAAUUACCAAAUAUUGAUGAUCUUCAGAUAAUUGAAGGAGAGGAGUGGACAUUUUGUCCAACGUGUAAUCGUAAACGACCACCUCGAGCUCACCAUUGUCGUAGAUGUAGACAAUGUGUUACCAGAAUGGAUCAUCACUGUCCAUGGAUAAAUAACUGUGUUGGAGAGGAAAACCAUUAUGCCUUUAUUUUGUUACUGCUGUAUGCCUUUUUGUUGGGUUUAUUGUCGUUUAUUAUUUGUAUGAUGCACUUUUGGAUUCUACCACGAUGUGUAUCUUGUGAUAGGGAAGUUUUUUACAUCAAACACAGUAUAUGGUUUAUGUAUUUACUGACCAUAUUAGGUUUAAAUAUGGCUUUAGUCAUGGGGGUACAGUUCUUCUCUCAACAUCUAAAUGUUUUAAUUGAUAGAACUAUUCUACAGAAUAUGCAGAGCAUGCCAGAAGAAGGGAGUGUAAAGGUCAGAGACACAUUUAAAGCUUAUAAAGAAUUAUUUGGUGCCAAUGCUGUAAUCUGUUGGUUGUUGCCAUGCAGACGGAGAAAAACAAAGCCAGUAUACAUUCAACAUCCUGUAUAAACAUCACCAUGUUCAUGUAUCAUAUCCAUAUUUGUACAUUGUCACAGCUAUUAUGGAUCUGAGUACUUGAAAUUUAUAAAAAAUAUGUAUAUCCUUAUGCCCCUUUUUUUUUUAUAUGAUUUUGGCGAGGUAUAAUAUUAUAUGUAGUUUCAGGAUACGAAUCUUAAAAUCAUCUAUAAGUGGUAAUUUGACCAUUUGAUUAAAUUCAUAAAUGUUUUAAUUUUGAUUAAAUUCAUAAAAUGUUUUAAUUUUGAUUAAAUUCAUAAAUGUUUUAUUUUUUGAUUAAAUUCGUAAAUGUUUUAUUUUUGAUUAAGUUCAUAAAUGUUUUAUUUAAGUAAACAAUAAAUAUGGGCAUAGAUAGACAGAUAUAUAAGUAUUUAACAACCUGAAAUAACAACUAAUCCUGACUUAACAUGUGUACAUGUAUAUAAUUUAAUGUUUCAUUCUUUUGAUAUUUAAAACUUAUGAAAUUAUAUUAGCAUUACUUAUCCUCUCACUAACCAAAGCUUUAUCGAUAAUAACUUCCAGUCAAGAACACGCUCAAUAUUUAUAUGUCCUGUUUUUCAUAAAAAGAAUAUUGUUUUUUAGUUUAAUAUUUUAAAACCCACUCACAUAUAAUGAAAAUGCCAUUGAUUUGGUGUUCCCUUUCAGCCUUUAAGAGAUCAAUUUUUGUUAAAUGAAACAAACUCAAUUAAAUAAAUGUUAUCAUGUGUUACAAAUGAUCAUGUAUAUUUAUUCAAUAAUUUAUAAUAAAAGUUUUAGUCAAAAAAUUUCAAUUUCCUGACAAUCAUUUUUAUACACCCACAUGGAAAUGUGGUCGUAUAUUGCCACCCCCAUCCAUCCGAUCUUUUUGAAAUUUGUUAAAAUUAGUAAUUUCAACAAUUUCCAUAAAUUGCGUCUAGAGUUAUAUGGUUCAUGUCACUUUGUAGUUAUCAUCCAAUUUAUAUUAAAUUUAUAUGAAUUAUUUAAAUUAGUAAAACGAAGAAGCCUAUUAAAUUUCAGCAAUUUCCGUUAUGGUCCUUGUUUCACUUUGUUGAACCUUAUGAGUGCUGUAUCGACAAAAGUUAUCAUAUGAUCUGUAUGCAAUAUAUAUAUAUAUAUAUACAAGAUUUAGAUUAAUAAAACAAAGAAGCCUAGUGAACUUCAUUAAUUUCCGUCGAUUACUUCUAGUGUUAUGGCCCUUGUUUCACUUUGUUGAACCUCAUGAAUACUCUUAAUGACACAAGUUAUCAUCCAAUUUGUAUUAAAUUCAUAUGCAUUGUUUAGAUUAGUAAAACAAAGAAACCCUAUUAUAUUGAAUGUCAACAAUUUCUGUAUAUAACAGUAACUUCUGCAUUUAUGGCCUUUGUUUCACUUUGUUGAACCUUGUGAACACUCUUGACGACAAAAGUUAUAUCCUGAUCUGUAAGAAAUUGAUAUCAUUACCUAUAAAAGAACAAAUAUGUGACAACCCUUGUCGACUGAUUGGGUGAUUAACUGCUGUUGGCGUAUGUUUCGUUGCCUGGCAACCUAUCUUUAUACAAAAAAGUGUAAUUUUAUACACUUUUGAUAUAUUAUAUAUGUUUUCUUUUUUAAUUGUGUAUUUAGCAGUUAUUUUAAAAUCAGGAUCUUUUAAUAUUUAUGGUAAGGAAAGUCACUGUAAAUGUUCUAGUUUGUGUUAUGGUAUCAUAUACUGGCUAAUAUGUGCACUAUAAACUAUCGGGGAUGUAAAUUUGAAACUGACAUUCAAAGUCUCAGUAAUCCAAUGUAAACGUUUUGAGGUAUUAUGGAAAUGUUUAAAUAUUUCAUAUGUAAUAGAACAUGGUACUGGCUUAGAUAUUAAACAUUUAAUUGAUGUUUUACCACAAGUCUGGUUUAUGUAUGGAUAAACCCACAAAAUAUAGCCAAAAUUAUUGCCCUUGUGUAAAAAAAACAAGCUUAGGAAGGAAAAGCAAGAGAAUAGACUUCUGAACCUAAUUUUUAAAAAUUUGGAGGUGAAACUGUAUUAUAUGAUCAAGAAGAUGUGUACUUUUUGUAAGAUUUGUAACUAUUAUUGUAUGUUUUGGAACUUGCAAAUAUAGGACAUAUGAUCAAGAAUAGCUUAAAACACUUUAUUUUUCAUAUUUCUCCUGGAUGUUCAUAAUAUUUGCAGCACAUUAUUUUAUGGAAUAUUGUUUUUACAAUUUUGUUUGUUAUUGUAGGUUCUUUUUCCUCCCCUUAUAAUUAGUAAUGUUAAUAAUUUUAUUUCCUAGUUUGUGAUAUAUUAACCAUUAUAAUAUAAUAUGAAGAUAACCUCAUUAUAAGAAAAUAUAUUACUUAGAUAUUAAUUUAUCUACUGCUGUUCUAUGGUUGUUUUUACAUGUAUAUGAAACCAUCACUAAUUCUUAAUUAAAAGAUAUUUAUAAUUUU